AUGGCAUCCCGCAAGUACAUGGACAAGCUGUUCGACGACCCUGCCAUUCGCAGUGGCUAUUCCGCGCAACUAAUUGCACGCACUAUAACCACAAUCCGUCCGUUUAGUGUGCAUCCACAUACGCUUCCUCUAUUGACCGGUUGGCAAGUCGAUGGACAGCCAUCUCCUGGUGAACAACAGCUGUGUCUACGAGACUAUAUACGACAUGACAGAGACUAUACCAUCUAUAUUUGGACCAUUGGCAGGGUGAAUUCGAGCAAGAUGCCAAUUCCUAAGUGGGCUGCCGCGUUCACUGGAGCCUUCUUGCGUGCAAAUGAUCCGUGGGGCGCUAUGAAAAUGCUUACUCGGGCUGCACUAAGUAUGGAUGGAAACAAAGAUCUUCCUACUUUUGUGCGAUUAGUUCGUGAGGAAGUAAGGUCCUGGAAGACAAUAUACAAGCGUGAUAAGAUGAAAAGCAUUGUUUAUAUUGCCCUUGAGCAUGCUGAAAUGCACGGGCUCUCUGAAGAUGACGGGAAGAGGCAAGAUCUUGAAAAUAAGCUGCAAGAGAAGAUGCCCGAAAUGGUUGCAUUUAUUGUCAGCGACAGUCUUCACAACGACUACACACAGACAGAUGAGUCCUUUGGACGUCAGGCCUACAAAUAA